AUGCAGCACGGCACUGCCAAACACCUGGUCCCCACAGGGCGCCACGCCCUCGAGGAGAAGGCCUGCCUGUCCAUCGUGGCCCAGGCAGAGAGAGAAGACUUCCAGGAGUUCAGCCCCACAAACACACAGAGUCCUUACUCCAGAGCUCAGCUGCUCAGAAAGCACAGGUCUCUCAUUAAAGACACAGCCGUCCUGAGCGACUCGGAGGACGAGGACUUGGACGAUGCUGCAGCGCUGCCGCUGCACCACCUGCAGAGGAAACAGCGCCGGAAACCCAGGAGACGGGGCCAGGAGGACGGGGAGGCUCCGCCCAUCAUCCAGGGCCUCUGGGUGCAGGAGAUCGAUUGGCUGAAGUCAGCCAGCAGAGAGAUGACAUCAUCAGCAUCAUCAGCAGCUGAAAUCAUCCCGCCGCCUCCGCAGUUCACUGACUCAGCCUCACACCCCUGCAGCUGUGCAGAUGUGUGUGUCACAGGGUCUGAGGACCAGGACCAGGACCAGGACCAGGACAGACCAGCAGAGACAGAGGACACAUCCAGCUCCGACAGCAGAGGAGACUCGGACUCGGAGCUGGACUCUGAGUCCAUUUACACUCAUGAGAGUGAGUCAGACUCGUCCUGCGCUGCAGAGGACGCCACACAGACACGUCACGGUUUAGGACUUGAAGCCAGGAUGUCAAAUAUGACCUUUGACCUGAUGCACGUGUCUGGUUUCACCUCCUGCUCUCCUGCUGAGUGGGAGUCAGACUCUGCAGACUGUGUGGGAGCUUCAGACUCGUCCUGCUCCCACAGCACUGUGAACACAUCACACAGCGCCUUCGGUUUCCAUGACAUCAGUGAUGUUGAGGCGGUUCUGGACGGCCUGAGAGGCGGAGUCACACACAUACCAAAGCUCUGUGUUUCACCUUUCUUUAGAGAUUUGAUUAAACAGACUCUGAACGACUGGAAGACCAGCACGCCUGUCAACGAGGGACUCUUAUUCCAUCAUCGGCUGCAGCCCGACAGCUCUAAGUACCAGGAGGGAGAAGAGUACAGAGUCCUGCAGCAUAUCCAGAACGGCUCAUACGGCGACGUGUUCUGUGUCCAGGACAGACGGACGGGGUUCACAUGUGCUGCCAAGAGGAUUCCACUGAGUCACUUUAGCAGCGAGGAGGUGAGCACGUGGAGCGCUCUCAACUCUCCUCGUGUCGUCGAGCUGUUCGGGGCUGUGAGGGAGGGCCCAAACAUCGUGCUCUUCAUGGACCUGAAGCCAGCUUGUUUGGCUCAGCUUCUGAAGGAGAUGGACUCGCUCCCAGAGGAUUUGGCCCUGCACUACCUGCACCAGACACUGGGGGCACUAGAGCACCUGCACCACAGAAAGGUGCUUCACCUGGAUGUUAAAGUUGACAAUGUGCUGCUGUCUGCAGACUGCAGAGACACAUUCCUCUGUGACUUUGGCCUCUCAGAGACUCUUGAUGACAAUGGAGUGAGCAGCGGCGCGUUCAGGGGCGCGGCCCUCCCCGGCACAGAGACCCACAUGGCGCCCGAGGUGGCGGGCGGCGAGCGUCUGAGUGUGAAGGCGGACGUGUGGAGCAGCUGCUGCAUGCUGCUGCACAUGCUCAACGGCUGCCCGCCCUGGACCCGCUACUACUCCCCCCCCCUCUGUCUGCAGAUCGUGACCGAGCCUCCGCCGCUGUGGGAGGUUCCCUCCAACUGCAACAACUUCACGGCCAAAGUGUUCAGAGCCGGCCUGCAAAAAGAGCCGCAGAGACGAGCCACGACCAAGGAGCUGAGGAGGAAAACCACCAAGGCCCUCAGAGCAGUUGGAGGUUUGAGUCCCUGGUCUGUGAAGAAUGCCUGUGAGAAACUGCAGCACAGCCAGAGUCAGACUGAAGUCAGCCCACCUCCACCUGCAGCCCCCAUGGCCUGGGUGAGCCCCUGGAGGACCACCGCGGGGGACGAGGACCACUGUGACUGGAGAGACGGGGACUCGGACCAGGACCAGGACUCUGAGGUGGAGACGGACUCGGUAAUCAGGGAGUGGGAGCCCAAACCUCUGCAGGACGCUGCAGACUGGAGCUCCGGCUCCGACUCAGAGGUGGAUAUCUACAUGGCAGAGGAGGAACAACAGCAGGAGAGGUGGCUGAGGAGUGACAAGGACUAUGAGGGGGACUGGGAGGAGGAGGAGGAGGAGCAGGAGGAGGAGGAGGAGCAGUGGGACUCCUCCGUGUCUACAGAGUAUCUCCGAGCUCUCAGAGGGAUUUUCCCUCUGCUGCAGAAAGGCCAACAGACGACUGAGAGCUGUUGGGGAUCAGAGCCGGAGCUGGAGCUCCUCCGAGACGACGUCCCGGUGGGCACCAGGAUGCGGACCCCGUCCCCCGAGCCUCGAGACGACCCUCCGUCCUGCUUCAGCUGCUCAGACUCGUCUCAGCUGGAUGCCUCAGAGAACGACUCUGACCGCUCCUCUGACGACCUGAGCUCUGGAGUCUUCUCCUCCUGCAACAGUCAGACGGAGGGACGGCUGGAGUGGCUCGCCUCCGCCAACCAGCCGUCCGGUUACUGCUUCGAAGGUGUUGACAUCUGGAUCGAGAACGUGCAGGGAGAGUGUCUGAGGAUCAGAGAGCGCCGGCAGGUCAAGGUCGGACACGUGGCCAUCGGGAUCAGUGACCAGGUCUCUGGGAAAGCGUUCACUCUGGAGACUCUGGACAGGAAGACGGUGUCCUUCGAGCAGGAGGUGAGGGAGGCGUGUCUGUGGCUGCGCUGCGUCCCCGCUCCGGACCGAUGUCAGCGCUGGAGGUGGAGGGUCCGGGACGGGAAGCUGGAGCUCAGAGAAUGAGACCCAACUGUCAACUGUCUGCACUGAUUCAGUCAUUGAAUAUUAUAUUAUAAAGACAUGAGGAUGUUAAAAUACCUGCAUGAACCCAAAGAUGAGCUGCUGCUGCUGCUGCUGCUGCUGGUUCAGAGACACCAGACCUCUGGACACAGACAGACUUAUCUUUUUUUUCCCGGUUUGUCUCUUUGUAGCCC